AUGGCCAAGAAGAAGGGAAGAAAGGGCAAGAAGGGCAAGAAGCCAAAGGUCGACUGCAAGUUCAAGAUCACCAACGAGAUGCUCAAGCCCAUGAACGAGAAUGUGGACGACUGUGACGGCUGCUGUCAGUGCGCCUGCGAUUGCGACUGCAGUCCGGAGUUGGCUCCCUGCUUCAUCCAGCCGACCAGGCCGGAUCCGGGUCCGGAGGCGUACGACGAGUUCGAGGCCUGCCUCAAUGGCAGCGGUCUGACCAUACGCGUCCUCAAGAACACCCACAAGGUGGAGAGCGUGAUGGAUGGCGGCGAGACUGCGCCCAACCUGGGCGCAGGCGAUGAUCCGUGCUAUCGCGAUGACCCCAAUGACUGCGAGCCCGCGAAGGAGUCCUGCCUGCACGAUAUGCUCCAGCGCAGCUCCUUCGCCCGCAACCACAUCAAGCGCCGGACCGGCGGCCGCAUCGUCAACCACCCGAACAUCCCCAAGGUGCGAGCCAACAUCAAGUACUCUGGGAACGAUGCCUGCGAGACCGACAACUACUACGUGCCCUUCUCGAAGAUCAAGGAAGCCUGCGACUUCCAGGAGGCCAAGGUCGACUGCUACCGCCAGCGUCUCUGCGGGGGAUCCGAUCCCAUCGUGCCCGCGCACUGUCCCGUACAGAACCAGCGAUCCUGUUCCAUGCAGGUCGAGCGGAAGGACAUCAUGGACACCAUGAAGGGCGUCAAUUUGGACACAAGGCGCAAGGGUAUCGAGGUCUGCUACAAGACCUGCGAGGAGACCGACAGCGACGUGUUCCUGGUAAAACUGGGAAGCAAGGCCAAGUCGCAGCACAAGAAGAACACCAUCGAGAUCGAGCUGCGGACGCCCAAGCAGCCCGUAACCCUUCCGAUCAGCAAGGUGACCACGGAGACCUAUGUUUCCGAGGAGAUGCUCAGCGGUGGCAAGAAGGGGAAGAAGGGCAAGAAGGGCAAGGGCAAGAAGGGCAAGGGCAAGAAGAAGAAGUAGAUCCCUAGGCACAUACCAUUCCCAUCGACCGGACUUGACGCUCACCCUUUCGGAACCCAUCCAUUGGCAUUUGGAAGCGACACAUUGAAAAUUCACAGCAGCAAUUAUUGAAAUUUGGUUCUGGUACUAACCCAUUCAUAUAAACCCGUCCAGUAAGAUGCACGAACACUCACUUUUUCGACUAGUUACGUAAAUGUACGCUUUUGAUUGAAUUAAAAUUUAAAAAAAUAA